CUUAGAGAGAGAAAGAGAGAGUAUUCGAUCUUUUUGCAAUUGUACGCAAAUCUCAGCUACAAGAAACAGUUCCAAUCACGGUUGCCAGAACCGAUCUCUCCAAUCCGAUCGAUUAUCUUCCUUUCCUUUGAUCAUCGAUGUGCAGGUUUCUUAGGAAUAAUCAUCCAUGUCGAGAAAGAGGCCACUUCCUUCUACAUCCGCUCGUCGCCGUCCUCUCGUUAUCCUCGUCAAGCUCGCCGUCUCGAUCUUUAUCAUCUUCGGCCUUAUAUCUCGUUCCGGACACUACACCGAGUCCGUCACUGAAGCCUCUACACAAAAUCGCAAAUUCCUGAACGAUUUCGAACGCAAUUCCAAGAUCGCAUUUCUCUUUCUCGUUCGUGAAAACAUUCCUCUCGAUUUUGUUUGGCACGUUUUCUUCAAGAACGGAGAUCAGCUAGACUUCUCCAUUUAUAUACACUCAAAGCCUGGAUUUGAAUUCAAUAAGAGGACAACCAGGUCAUCUUUCUUCUAUGGCCGACAAAUUAGACACAGCAUUAAGGUGAAUUGGGGAGAACCGACUAUGAUACAAGCAGAGAGGUUAUUGUUAGAAGAGGCCCUCAAUGAUCCUACUAAUCAAAGAUUCAUUCUUCUAUCAGACAGCUGUGUACCUUUGUACAACUUCACCCACAUAUAUAACUAUCUGAUGUCAUCUCCAAAAAGUUUUGUAGACAGUUUUGUGGUUGCUGAAAAGGAAGAUCGAUAUAAUGUAAAAAUGUUGCCAACCAUCCCAUUGAAUAAAUGGAGAAAAGGAUCCCAGUGGAUUUCAUUGAUUAGAAGACAUGCAGAACUGGUUAUGGAUGAUGCUGUAGUAUAUAGAGCUUUCAAGAGAUUUUGUAAGCCACUUCAGCCACCAUUAAAGAAUUCGAGUACUCACCUUCAUAUUGAAUCGGAUUCAAACAAUUGUAUUCCAGAUGAACAUUUUGUACAGACAUUUCUUGCGAUGAGUGAAUUAGAAGGUGAACUGGAAAGGAGGUCUGUAACUUAUUCUCUAUGGAAUCAAUCUGGUGGAGAAUUUGAUACAAAAUCUUGGCAUCCAACUACUUUUGACAGUGACAAUACAAGCCCUCAACAAAUUAAAGAAAUUAAGAGUAUCAGCAAUAUAUACUUUAAAUCAGAAGACAGAAGGGAGAUAUGUCGGAUAAAUUCGACGUUUGUACCUUGUUUUUUAUUUGCCAGGAAGUUUAAUCCAGAUGCAGGUGUGCUUCUCUUGAAACAAGGCAUGAUUGGGCCAUAUGAUCCAUCUAUUUGAGCUCUUCCAAUGUUCAAACACAUAUCAAUAUCAAUGCUUUAACUUUACUAUCAUGGUACGAUUUCUUGGCUAUAUUUUUUCUUCCACUUUUUCCGAUCAACUUCGGAGCCAUUUUUUAUGGUUUUACUUCAUUCUUUUUAUAAUCCUCAAAUAAAAUAUACACAUUAUUUUUAUUUGUACCAUCCUCUCUCAUUUUUUGCAUACUUGGAAUAUC